AUGCCGUUUACUUGUGAAUGUGAAAAUGGUGACUGCGUUAAGGAAAGUGGCAAAACUGUGUGCAAAUGUUUCCCAGAAUAUGGACAGUAUUCUACGACUAAAUGCAAAGCAUGCGAAUGUGGCAAAGAUUCAAACUGCACUUUUGAAGGUGGGUGGUUCAAAGAUACCAAAACCUGCAUUUGCAAGAAAGGGUACAAAGACGUAGAAGGCAUUUGCAAGGGGCCUUGCUCACCUAAUCCAUGCAUUAAUGGAGGUACCUGUUUGGAUAUUCCAAAUUCUUUCAAAUGUUCAUGUUUAACUGGAUACACCGGGGAAAUAUGUGAUAAGAGAAUCACAACAAAAGCCACUCCUUCGACUACCUCUUCAACGACUUCAAAGAAGGCCACCCCAUCCACAGCCUCAACGAUGACUGCUACAUCCGCAAGAACGAGCACUUUGUCAUCAAGUACUACACAGACCGCAUCAACGACAGUUUUAGCAAAGAGAACUUCGUCGACCAUUUCUUCCACACACUCAACGAAGACUUCACCAUCGACAAUUUCAACGAAGACGUCGACCGUUUCUUCCACACAUUCAACGAAGACUUCACCAUCGACAAUUUUAACGAAGAGAACUUCAUCGACCGUUUCUUCCACAUAUUCAAUGAAGACUUCACCAUCGACAAUUUCAACGAAGACGUCGACCGUUUCUUCCACACAUUCAACGAAGACUUCACCAUCGACAAUUUUAACGAAGAGAACUUCAUCGACCGUUUCUUCCACAUAUUCAAUGAAGACUUCACCAUCGUCAACUUCACCUUCAGCGAUUCUAAACAAGACCUCUACAAUGAUCACGCAAUCAACACUUUCAACGACAUUAAUACCAAAAACAACCCACACAAACCUUGAAACAUCAUCUACUAUCAACGGAACAUCGGACAUUGCUCGUACAACAACACAGUCUUAUCCUCAUACGAGUUCCAAAAUGCCAUACAAAAUCUGCAAAAGUAAUCACUGUAAAAAUGGAGGAACAUGUAUUGAAGAAACAGAUGGACAAAAAUGCUUAUGUCCAUAUCCAUAUGGAGGGCUCGUUUGUGAAGAUAGCCAAUGGUGUGCAGAAGGAAUGGGCAAAACUUUGUGUUCUUCAAAUAAUUGCCAAUUUAACUUCACUACCAAUGUAGGCUACUGUGAAUGUCCUAAAGAUCAGUAUUACGACUACGCAGAACGUUCAUGUGAAGUUAUAGAUAAAUGCCCCUUGAUGACAACAAAGUGUCGAGGAAUCAAUGAAGAAUGCAGGAAUAGUGAUUGUCAUUGCAAAGAACAUUUCAAAAGAAACAGUGAAAAGAAAUGCAUUCCUAAUUUCUGCGAAACAAAAUCAAACCCGUGUGGUGAAAAUGGAUUCUGCGAAGAUUUGUUGGAUGAUCCUGGCAAUGUGAAAUGCACCUGCAAGGAAGGUUAUUUAUUCAACGGCAAAACUUGCGAAAAAGUUAACAAGUGUGAUUUACCAGGAACUCUAGGAUGCUCGCAAAUCUGCCAUCCUGCAGAUGAAAGCUGUGACUGUAGACCUGGAUUUACCCUUCACUCUGAUAAUAAAACAUGCCGAAUUUCUAAACCUAGUAGUCAAUGUAAAAAGAAUAAUUGUGGAGUUGGACUAUGCGUAACGACAGGAGGACGCGAUAUCUGCAUUUGUCCAAGAACGCACAAGGCUAAAGGAUUAAAAUGCAUAGAUCUCUGUACAGCUAAAGAAUAUCCAAAAGGAAUUUGUCCGGGCGAUGCCUGCUUACCAGAUGAAAAGCUUGGUUUCAAAUGCAAAUGCGAAGGCAAAUUAACCUACGAUAAAAACGGUGUCACAUGCAGGAGAAAACUGAUGUGUAGCGAAGGCAAUGGGACCAAAACUUGUGCAGCUAAGUCUGCCAUUUGUGUAGAAGACUUUGAUGCUCCUGCUGGAUACAGAUGUGAAUGUAGUAAAAAUCAAGAAAAGGAUGCUGAUGGUGUAUGCAGAGGUCUAUGUGAACUAAAGAAGUAUCAGGAACUAUGCAAACAGCGGUCAGCGGUCUGUGACAUUAAUGGCUUGAAUAACUGCAAAUGCCCACCGUUACUCGCAUUUGAUGAUCAAGAACGAUGUACAGUAAUUGCCCAAGCCUCAUACACAGCAGUUCUUCCACUUGCUUCGACUCAUUAUAUAUCCAACCUCCAAUAUUCACCUUCUCAGGCAGAAUCUGGAUCUUUUGUAGACUACGACGCUAUCACGAAAGAUCUCCAAGCCUCAAUGCAUCUUUUGUUUGGCCCAAAUUACAAAUUCGCAGAUGUUUUGAGCUGCAACAACUCUUCAAAGACUUUAACGUGCACUGUGGAAAUUCAGUUCAAUUCUGAUCCGAAGGAGCAGUUGAAAUUGAUCACUCAACCAGGAACAUGCAUAUCUUCCAACUCAGAGGACUGUUUCAUACCUCCUGCUCUAACGCUACGCAAGAAAGAAAUCAAACCAGAUAUCAUCACUUCAACGGAUCCCUGCAAGGAGGAUAUAAAGAAUAAAAUAUGUGGCCCAUAUAUGGUUUGCAACAAAGCGCAGGAUGGUUCUCGAAAUUUUGAAUGCAAAUGCUCUCAAGGAUUCUCUUCUUUUGGUUUCUAUCAGCCGUUCUCAGACAAGCAAACCAUCAUCCACAAAUGUCAAGAUAUCAAUGAAUGCUUGCUGUCGAACGCAUGCCCGAAUGGAACAAAAUGCUUGAAUACUUACGGCAGUUUUGAAUGCCCUUGCCAAGAAGGAUAUAAGCCCCUCAAGGAACAUUCGGAUACUAAAAUUGUUGGCUGUGCAGAAAUAUGUGAUUCUAAGCUGUGCGUACAUGGAACAUGCGAGGUCAUUGGAGCUCAGUUUCGAUGCAAGUGUGACAGUGGUUACACUGGGCUUAACUGUGAUGAAGAAGCUACAGUAGCAGGAAAGAAAGGAAUGCGCAUAGCUCUGAUUGUAAUGUCCAGCGUAGUGGUACCCCUGCUUCUUUUAGCAAUAUUUAUGAUCCAUAAGUACAGAAUAUUGAAGAAGAAAAGUUAUAAAUCAAGCUAUUUGGAUGACGGCUAUUCUUCCAUUGGCCUUGUACCAAUGAGAAACUAGAAUACUCCAUGACCAGAGAUGGAAAUUUCACCAGUGCCAUUUUGAAGCAUUAAAAAAGAACGUCCAGUCUCUUGCAUACAGGAACGUGAAUUUCAUUAACAUAAUAACAAACACAGCAUGCCAGAAACAAAUACCUUUUCCAUCUUUAUCAAAUAACUGUUUGCCUGGAUAAGACGGAAACUGUGCAAAAAAUCGUGUUGUCUUUUUUGAGAUUUUCAUCAAUGUACAUUGAAAAGUCCAAAUCCUUUACGCUGUGAUAGUUCCUUUUUUCAUAACAAUAUCAGAAAGCUGUCAGUUUUCUUACGUUUUGUGACCAGUUCCCAAGAACUUCUAAAAAAUUUGCGAACAAAAGUUUGUAAAGCUGAAGUAAAUACCUUUACAAUGAAUGUAAAAAUGUAAAACUAUCGUUAUUAAGCAAUGAAUCAUUCAUGCUCCAUUACCAUGACGUCACAUCUUUGUAUGAAUGUCUCACAUUCUUUUCUUCACAUACAAACUUUCAUCUAACAGUGGUUUCUGAAACUUACAAUAGCUGCUCCAAUACAAUAAGUAAAGCUGUUUCUGCUAUGAUGACAUAAAAGAAUAAAUGAAAUAACAAUCGUUAUAAAAUCUCUUUAUUAAUUUAACUGUAACAGUUAUGAAAUUUAACUUAUAACUCUGUCAUUUUUGCAGUAUAAAUUUUUGGAAUUAAAAUGUUUUCUCAUGUAAAUAGUAUUAAUUGUUUAUAUAUGAAUAAAGGUUUCAUUAUCAUGCUG